GCUUCUGCUCUUCUUCUUUUUUCUUCCCGCUGCAGCCACCCAAAAGAAAAAAAAGGGAAACCCAGCCAUGCGUUGGAAAACCGGUGAGAAAGCUUGGUUUUUGGCCUUCUUUUCUUGCUCUAGAACACAAAUUGAACCCAGAAAUUCUCCCCCCCUGCUGGAAAAUCCGGAUCUGCCUUGCUCUGUCCGCCGGCUGCUCUUGUUGUGGGGGCAAAUUGCUUGGGUUUUGGAAUUUUGAUAGAUUUCCCGUGAGCCGUGAGCUUUCUUCUUCCAUGCCGCCAGCCUUUCCCCAAUCUGCAGCUCCGGUUUUAGCUGGAGAAUUAUGGUAUAUAUUUGAUCAUGUGGAGAUUGAUAGAAAUAGCAUCGGGAUUAAGAGUGAUCUUAAUGAUGAUUUCAGUUUGAAUUUGUGGUGAUACGAUAAUUAAUUGUGGAUAUUUUGAUUAGGUUCUUGAUCGUUCUGUCAGUUUAGUACGUGAAUUGAGUGCUCGGUUUUGCGGAGUGAGGAAGUGAAGCUGAGGACGGGAAAACCACGGGAAGUGACGAGUUAGAAAGCUAGCCAUUUCGAGAUUGACAUAGAUUUUAGAAAUAAAUCGUGAUAUUGUAAACUCGACUUUAUUGGAGAUUUAUGAUAUUGGAGCAAAUUAUAAAUUUUGAUGGUAUUAGUUUGUGAUUUGAAUAAGUUCCGAGCCUUGUGCACUUGUGGGACCCACGCCAGAAUAAUCAUAUGUUAAUUGC